UUUUUUUUUUUUUUUUUUUUUUUUUUUUUUUUUUGCCAUUGAAGCCAUGAGCCGCAGGGCCAACAAGAAGGAAGAGCAGUACCAGCAACAGCUCGCUGCCGCUGCUGCCGCUGCUGCCGCCGCCGCUGCCACCCCGAACAAAAUCACCCACGUUCAGCUCGACGGCCUCGUCGUGCUCAAGAUCAUCAAGCACUGCCGCGAGUCGCUCCCCGAUCUCGUCAACGGCCAGCUGCUCGGCCUCGUCCAGGACUCUCGCCUUGAAGUCACCAACUCGUUCGCAACCCCCGCCUCGCGCUCCAACGACGGCGAGGCCGAUCAAGAAGCCGAUCAAUACCAAACAGACAUGCUGCGCUUGCUGCGAGCAAUCAACGUCGAUUACUUGUUGGUCGGCUUCUACCAGUCCACCUACCUCGGAUCCUUCCUCAACACAACCCUGAUCGAGACCAUGUUUGACUACCAGCGCGAGAUUGAGGAGGCUGUUGUGCUCAUUUACGAUCCUCUGCGCACCACGCAGGGCUCCAUCUCCCUCAAGGCAUACCGUCUCACUCAAGCCUUCAUGGACUUGUUUAAGGACCAAGGUUUCUCGGCAGACAGCCCCAAGCUGAACGGCCUUACGCACGAGACCAUUCUCGAAGAGGUCCCAAUCCAGAUCUACAACACCCACCUUGCUAACGCCCUGCUUCUCGAGUGGGAGAGCACCCACGCCGACGACAUGUUUGAGCGUGCCGACAUGCCCACCACCACCCUUCUCGAGAAGAACCUCGAUCUCCUGAUUGACGCCAUUGACGAUCUUAACGCCGAACAGAACAAGUUCUCUGCCUACCAACGCACUCUUUCCCGCUAUCAACAGUCGCUCAGCAUGCAGCUACAGAAGCGACGACAAGAGAACGAAGCACGCAUUGCCGCCGGCGAGCAGCCCGUUUCCGAAGCCGACAUAUUAUCCGCAAAUCGCGCGCCCGUGCCGCCAUCGCACCUCGACACUCUUCUUUACACCAACCAAAUCGGCCAGUACUGCAAGCAAGUCAACCAGUUUGCAAGCGCGGCAUUCUCCAAGCUUUACGUUGCCGAGCGGCUGCAAAAGUGAGCGACCCAUCCGGUCUGCCCUUUUUUUUUUUGUUUGAGAUGUUGUGCUUGUUGAAGAAAUUGUUGUUGCCCCUCCUCCUCCCAUUAAAACAAAAUCACCAAAAUGGAA